AUGUUUUCAACAUCUUUCUAUGCUUUAAAGCAUUUCUACAUCUAUUUCUUUCCCUUCGAACUUUUGUUUGGUAGGUCUUCCUACUUUGGGAAUAAUAAGGUGGUCAGGGUGUUGCUACUUUCGGGCGGUUUUAUCGCUCCUGAUUGCAACCAAAACCUUCUCUGCCGACGAGGAGGUUACCGACCAACCAAAAAGGCAGGAGCUUUCUCGUUGGAGCUCCUGACUUCUAUCCAAACCGACUUUCCAAUUUCCUCUCUUUGUGUUCGGCGUCAUAGGUUUGACGUCGACCACAGAGCCCAGGAAAAUUCUUCCGUACAGUAGAGGACCACAACUGACAAAGUACCACAUGGAUGGAGAGCAGGCGACCUUAGCAUUUUUUAUGAUGCUGGGCUUGCAAUUACAGACACGGUCGUCCUAGCCGUAACUAUUUUGGGGGAACCAGGGGUUGCGCUAACAUGGUGCGGCUGGUUUUUGGUACAUAAAACUUUUAACUUUUUCUAUGUCAGGGUUGUAAACUGACAAACACGGUGAAAAUGUAAUAUCGUGUCCCAGCACGAGUUUAGAAAGUAAAAAGGCACAUCAAAGAGGUGAGUGAAGAAAUCUCAUACAUGAAAGUAGAUGUUUUCGUGGGUGAUCAUGGUGGAACGAAACUACAUGUUGAACAGCCAGGAGCCAUGACCAACAUGAUGAACAGAAAAACAUCGAAAUGAAAUGGAAAAAGUGAAAAAUAGCUUCAAGAACCCAGUCUAGCAGGA